GCAGUUGUAAACAACUUUUGACGCAGACAUUUCGUUACUGCAUUUUACGCAUUUUAAGAAUCAAACAAAAAGAUUUUACAGAGAUGAUGGCUGAUUGGUCAAUGUGCCCGUAUUUGAUUCUCCUGAUCCUUCACCUGACUUCUGUCUCCAGAUCAGAGAUGUUCCAGCUUCUGGGUCCAGCUGGUCCUGUCAUUGCUGUAGUUGGUGAAGAUGUUGUCCUGCCCACUCACCUCAAACCCAACAUAAGUGCAGAGGAUAUGCGCAUAGAGUGGUUCAGACCGCAGCACAGAGACCCACUGGUGCAUCUCUACCUUCUGGGAGAGAGCAGGAAUGAGCCCCAGAACCCAUCGUACAGCGGAAGGACCGCACUCUUCCCUGAGGAACUGAGGGAGGGAAAUACGUCUCUGAGGCUGGGCAGGGUCCAGGUCUCUGAUGAGGGGCAGUAUUCAUGUUACAUUCAGUCCAAAUCUGACAAUAAUUACCGCAUCAUAGUUUCACUGGAAGUAAGAGCUGUAGGAACUGAGCCAGUGAUCUUCAGGGAAGCAGAUGAAGAAGUGGAGGUUGGCCUGCUGUGUGAAUCUAAAGGCUGGUAUCCUCAGCCUGACCUCAUCUGGCAGGACAGCGGGGGUCACAAUCUCACCACUGAGAAACCUGAGAUACUCAGGGACAGCCUGAGCCUCAUUGCCAUAAGAACACGUGUUGUCAUAAAGAGAGAAGGCAGCCGCAGAUUCACCUGUCGAGUUCUGCAGCAGAAGCUCCAUGAGGAAAAGGUGACAGAGUUUUACCUCCAUGAUGAGUGUCAAAGCCGUCCAUGGAGAGCUGCCUUUGCUGUCACUAUGACUGCACUUAUUCUCUUGGGCAUCGUCCAGUGUGUGUUCAUCUAUCGUUGGAAGAAAAGCCAUCAGCAUCCCUGAUGGAGUCUGAACACUGCAGUGUUGAAAAUGAACCAUAAACCUGACUCCUGACCCUAAACCUAACCCUAACCUGAUCCUGACUGUUACCCAGUGGUCUUUAAACAGUUUCAAAUGAAAGGUCAAUGGUGGUUGAAGCCCCGGUGUAGCCACGAUAAGAUUCAUGCAGAUGUUGGGCCCUUGAGCAAUUUCUUAUAGGCCAUGUAAGGCUUUGGGUAAGUUAAGUUGUUUAUUCCUGUUUUCACAAUUGUGUAUACUUGUUCUGUUGUUGCUAGCAUUGUGUUUGCUAAGACAGAUCUAUUGCUACUUUAAUUUAUUUUUCUCAUUGGAUUAAUAUAAGAUUCCUGUUCAUUCCUUGCACCUGGAACUGUACCUUCCUCUAGUGCACUUGUCCCUGGUUAUGGUUAUGCACUCUGAAUGCUGGUUAUGUAGUGUGAAUGCUGGUUAUACAGUUUGAAUGCUGGUUCUGCACUUUGAAUGCUGGUUAUACAGUUUGAAUGCUGGUUAUGCAGUGUGAAUGCUGCUUAUGUAUUUUUUGUGCCAAGCUGUUCCCAGAGGGAAAACAGUGUCUGUCAUUAUAAUUGUUAUUUUUCUGCUAUGACAGUUAUUUGUGUUUAUAUUUUUAGUUAUUUUUGAGUCUGUACUUGUAGCAUUGUGUCACCACUAUGUCCGAUGUUUUAUAAUGCAGGCCCUUUGUCUCCAGUGUGUCUGAUGUUCUAUCUACUGGUUUUCCCAGAGUCAUCUUAAUUUCUUUGAAUUAACCACAAUCUGUAUUCUUAAUUUAAGCACUCAUAGACUGAAUUUCUCACUGACUCUCACAAACAUUUGUUCAUACAUUGUCAUUUGUCCAUUGUGUUAAUUUAUUUAGAAUCCUGAUAAUUUCAUUCCCUGCACUGUAUACCUGGGAUAAUUUCAUUCCCUGCACUGUAUACCUGGGAUGUGCUUGGACUCCUUAUUUCUGAGGUGUGUGACUGGAGAGUGAAAGAGUGAAAGAAUGAGCUAACUUAUUUAUGCAUUUUUUGUGCCAAGCUGUUCCCAGAGGGAAAACAGUGUCUGUCAUUAUAAUUGUUAUUUUUCUGCUAUGACAGUUAUUUGUGUUUAUAUUUUUAGUUAUUUUUGAGUCUGUACUUGUAGCAUUGUGUCUCCAGUAUGUCUGAUGUUUUAUAAUACAGGCCCUGUGUCUCCAGUAUGUCUGAUGUUUUAUAAUACAGGCCCUGUGUCUCCAGUAUGUCUGAUGUUUUAUAAUACAGGCCCUGUGUCUCCAGUAUGUCUGAUGUUUUAUAAUACAGGCCCUGUGUCUCCAGUAUGUCUGAUGUUUUAUAAUACAGGCCCUGUGUCACCACUAUGCCCGAUGUUUUAUAAUGCAGGCCCUGUGUCUCCAGUAUGUCUGAUGUUCUAUCUACUGGUUUUCCCAGAGUCAUCUUAAUUUCUUUGAAUUAACCACAAUCUGUAUUCUUAAUUUAAGCACUGUAUACCUGGGAUAAUUUCAUUCCCUGCACUGUGGAUACCUGGGAUAAUUUCAUUCCCUGCACUGUAUACCUGGGAUAAUUUCAUUCCCUGCACUGUAUACCUGGGAUAAUUUCAUUCCCUGCACUGUAUACCUGGGAUGUGCUUGGACUCCUUAUUUCUGAGGUGUGUGACUGGAGAGUGAAAGAGUGAAAGA